AUGGCGGCGACAGAGCCGCCAGUGAAUGAGGAUCCGGGAAUGCUCGAUCCGCCUGUGGACCAGGUUGACAGUGACCUGGACGCGGAGGGAGAGGAGGAAACCGACCUGUACCAUAUGGACCAACAGCUUCAAGACGCAGUGCACCGAGCGUACACCGGAGAAGUAGCCGAAGAAGAUGGCAACGAUGAGGCACACUCGGGCAAGAAGGGCUUGCAGGAAGGUGGCGACGACGAUGACGACGAGACCGAACCAGUCGGAGCUGUGAAGGGUUUAGAUAAUGAUGGGUCCUCGGAAGCAGAAUCUGGAAUUGCUGACGUGGAAGGAGAAGCAGACUCUGCUUUUGAAGAUGACAAUGACCGAGAUGCUUCCGAGUCUGAUUCGGCACCAGAAGAGGAAGAGGAGGAGGAGGGCUGGGAGGCAGAGAGUAACGGACGCGAAGAUGAAGAUGAAGAUACCGAUAAUCGCAGCCGUGUGAUAUGCAUGUUUUGCAGUCAAGAUGAAGAACACGAUCCAGGUGAGGAUUUCGAGGAAUGGCUCACUUGCACUGGUUGUGGCGAUCACUCCCUAGCCCGUUUUUCACUGGUUGCUGACUCGGCAUCCCGACAGCUCAUCGGCAAUGCGCUCGCGAUCAAGAAGCAUUUGGUGAUUCAGAAGAUCCUUGGAAAUGUCUUCCUUGUCGUGACAAUCGACCGGCCUCUAACGAUGCCGAGACUCGGACUCCAAACGCUAGGGGCGGAGCCCCCCUAUCUUAAAAGGGAGCUCAUGCCGGCCCAUUCAGGAAAGGAGGGCUCCGAUUUUCAUUCCAUCUUCGACACCAACAUUAGCGACGAGUUAUUGAAUAGCUCGCGAUCAUUACGCAAGAGGAAAGCUUCAUCUGCUGAUGCCGACGAACAUGUCCCGGUGCUUAGAAAGCGACGGCGACAAACUGAUCACCCAGAUGAAAACGAAGUACCUCUUCAGAAUGGCGGUGAUGUAGCCACUGAAGAAUCCCGCUCGGUGCGCCCGAGACGAACCCGCGGAGUCGAGCGAGAACAUUGCCGGAUAGUGUCCAAGCAUUUUCACAAACUCGUCGUGGGAUUCCGGUUAGACGAAAACAAAGUCACUCGGAUUCUCAGUACACAAAGCCGACCGAAGCGCAGUCACAAAAAGAAAGUCCCGAAGCCCGCGCCCGCAACCCAAGAACUCCAAGCUCAUUUCGCCCCGAUCCCUCCCGCUCCCCACAACUACUUUGCUCCUUUCAAUGACCGAGACAGUGAUGAGACUAAGAAACCAUACGGCGGCAUCUUGUCCGAAGUCGAAGCAGAUACAACAAAGACUCUGCCCUUACAGGGUGACCGGGAAAAAUUUGAGUCGGCCCGUCAAAAGGCUGAAGAAGAAUGGCAGCGCCGAGUGCGAGAAGCAGAGCUGAAUGGCGAAGCGGCGCCGACUGCAUCAGCCAAGGUGUCUGGUCCACCUUCCAAGAUCAAGCACAUCAACUUUGGUGGCUACGAGAUCGAGACCUGGUACGCUGCACCCUACCCGGAAGAGUACAGCCGCAAUCGGGUACUUUAUAUCUGUGAAUUCUGCCUCAAAUACAUGAACUCGGAUUAUGUCGCCUGGCGGCACAAGCUCAAGUGCCCUGCCAAACAUCCACCCGGCGACGAGAUUUAUCGCGACGGCUCAAUCUCGAUAUUCGAGGUUGACGGAAGAAAAAACCCCGUCUACUGUCAAAAUCUGUGUCUUCUUGCCAAAUUAUUCCUCGGCUCCAAGACCCUCUACUACGACGUUGAACCAUUCUUGUUCUAUGUUAUGAGCGAGUACGACGAUCUUGGGUGUCACUUUGUUGGCUACUUCAGCAAAGAAAAGCGCCCAAGCUCGGCGAACAAUGUCUCGUGUAUUCUUACCCUCCCCAUCCACCAACGAAAAGGCUACGGUAACCUCCUCAUCGACUUCUCAUAUCUUCUCACCCGCAUCGAAGGCAAGAGCGGAUCACCUGAGAAGCCCCUCUCUGAUAUGGGUCUUGUCUCCUAUCGCAACUACUGGCGUCUAAUCCUAUCCUACCAACUCCGAGACCUCAAAACACCCAUCAGUAUUGCAGACCUCUCCGACCGCACAGGCAUGACCGCCGAUGAUCUUGUGUCUGCACUCGAGGGACUCCGUGCUCUUGUGCGGGAUCCUGUCACGAAAACGUAUGCAUUCCGUCUGGAUACCAAGUACUUCGAGGAGGUCAUCCAAAACUGGGAGGUUAAAGGUUACGUCACACUAAACCCGGACGCAUUGCUCUGGACGCCUUACAUCAUGGGCCGGAACAAUCAGACUCAUUUCGACCGCGCUCCUCUUCACGCUGUUGCACCCCGAGAAGAUAUCGAAGAGGAGGAAGAGGAAGAGGAAGGGUCCGAAACAAAAGCGAACGGGACCAGUGACGAAGAGCCAGCUAUCAACGGGGUUAAUGCGGACAGCUUCGGAGAUUCUGCCGGUCCUCCCUCUACGGCACUCAUGCAAACAAAUGGCAUACAUGAGCAUGAGCACACUGAUACUCCGAUCCUGAACCCUGCCGCCGGGAUCCCAGCAUCACGUGGUCGUAAUACUCCUCGACGACCGUCAGGGCUGCCAAUUUUCACUCCUACGGGUAACACCCCGAUGCGCCGCGGUCGCAGCGCGAAGAUGCCAGAUGCAGAGGCAACUCCUAUUCAAACCAACGGCGUCGACCUUGACGAGGACGAAGUCAUGGAUGAGGAGGCCGUGCUAGACCCAAGCCCCGAAGAUCUUGGUCUUGUAUUGGGGAACGCAGCCGAGCAGGUCAAUGGGGUAGCUGACGAGGAUGAGGAUGCCGACGCAGACGCCGAAGGGGAGUUUGAGGAAGCGAUCGAAACAAAUGGGGUUGAACACGACGAACCCGCAAUCGAGCAACCACCGAAAACCCCCAAGAAGUCCAAAUCAAAAUCAAAAUCCCAGUCCCCUGGCACAGCAGUUUCACAGCGUUCCCGGGGAAAGCACUCCGGCGAUCAUUCCAAAACUUCGCAAUCAGUUAGUCGAAAGGCACUUGUCGAGAAGGUCCAAGUAGUCAUACCUGUGGAACCUGGGUCGGCCGACAGGAAAGGGGCCAAGGGUUCGGCCAAUACCAACGCCAACACCAACGGCAUUGAUCCAGACAUAGAUGCCGAAGGUGAAGACGACCCAGACGCUGAUGGCGAAUACGAAGUAGACGGCGACGUGGUGAUGGGGACAUGA